AUGGCGAUUGGCAAGUUGAACAAACAGCGUGUCACGAUGGAGAAUCCAGUGGGUUCUGUUCCAGAGCCAUCCCAUGGCUUUGCCCCGGGCAUCAAGUGGCGCAAUAGGUCUGCCCUCGGUCCACUUGACUGGAUAUGUAUUGGCCUCUUCUGGGCGUGCAUUCUGGCGCAAUUGAUUGCAGGAUUCGUCAUCAUAGGCUCGCGGAACUAUGCCUUUCCCUAUGUGGAAAGUGAAGGAUCGAACGCAGUCUGUCCAGCCGACUUUGUACUAGCUGCUGAGCAUUGCAGGGUGAGUCGGUCCAACCCCCUCGAUAUCAAUGCGUUUGGCUGUGUGAACUCCAAACUCUGUGAUGAGCUGCGGCAGUGCGCUGCAAGUCGAUCACAUUCGUCUGCUCUUCUUGCUUCCUUACAAUCAGAAGCGGAGGGCCAGAGGGUCGCAAGUAAUUUAUGGGAAGCCUUUGGAGACUACUGGUAUAUCCCUACCGCUAUAUUCCCAUCUAUGGUGGUCAUUGGCAUCAUAUGGUUGCUUGGCAUGCAGUACCUGGUGAAACCAUUGGUCUGGUCGACGAUUAUUGGAGGCGUAGCUUUUCUGAUAGGCAUGUGGUGCUAUUGGUACUUUGUACACGACGUUAACAACUGGAUGCUUCUGGUGGGCGCAGGAGUGGUGGUAUUAUCCUGUAUAUUCCUCUUCCGAUCAAUCAAUCGGGCAUGUAAAGUGAUAUCUGUAGCUGCUUACGGACUUAGGAAGACGCCAUCAGUGAUCGUGACAAGUUUAGUUGUUAAGGUCAUCUACGUGGUCUACGUGGUUCUAUGGACUAUCUUCAUGAUACGUAGUGCACAGGCGAAGACCGUGAAAGAGUCUGAUUGCACUCUGAAAGAUGCGGAGUGGAUUCAAGUGGCUAGGGUUGUAUACGGCAUACUCUUUUGGGUAUUCACCUACGUAUUCCUCAAUAUGAAGACGGUUGUCUGUGCUGCGGGUAUCGGUGCGUGGUAUUUCCCAGGUGGUGAUGGAGAGCCGACCAUACCUGCAAUGAGGGGUCUUCAAUGGGCCUUUACAUCGAGCUCGGGAGCUGUCAUGUUCGCCGCUACUAUCGUGGGUGUUACUCGGUUCAUAAUCAAUAGGAUCAACAGUGCGUGUGGCUGUCUCCCAUGGUAUCUGUCCCCUAUAGCGUGCAUAUUCAAGUGCCUGGCCAGCUGCUGCCUAGGUGUCCUCGAGAUGUUUUCAAAGUUUAUGUUGAUCGGACAGGUCUUCUCGGGCAAGGGGCUGUGCGGUGCGGGAAGGAAAUCUUUCAGUCUCGUCAAAGACCGUCUUGGUUCUGCUUUCAUCACUGAUGGCGUAGGGCACUCGAUGUUGUCUAUCUGUACAUACGUCUUCUCCCUUGGUAUAGGGAUAGCAGCAUGGGUGUGGUUGGACGAGGCACAGGGCUACCAGACUCUUACUGAGCUCAAUUGGUAUCUCCUAAUUCCAGUGCUUCUACUCUUUGCAGGAUUAAUAUCCUGUCCAGUGAUCACUAUCGUCUUAAUAUCGUGGCUAGCACCGACCUUGCACAUUUGGACAUGUGGUAAGGACGGUUGUAACACGAGUAACCAAGUACAUGCCCAACAGGCUGUCAACUCCGUCACUGGGGCCCUCUUCAUUGGUUCUGUGUGCUACUCCUUCUUCCAUUUCCUGGCCGAUGUCAUGUUAUCCUGUAUCGACACUAUAUUCUUUUGCUUCGCUAUCGAAGCUGAUGCGGAUGUCUACCAAGGCCGGUUCGAGCACUCAGUUUACAUGGUCCUUAAAGACGAUAUGAAGGAUGGUCGCGAGGUCCCUAUGUAUAAGACAGAUGCUCGUCCUCUAGAAGAGUACGAGAUGGCGCCCGUAAGGCAUUCAACUCAACCGCCGGCUUACUCGCCGGAUUUCAAUCAACCCAGCGCUGGCCCGAAUCCAAGAACCCAGGCCACUUCUUUGCUGUGUAUGCGAGUGAGUUCGCGCAACAUGAGUUCGUCACCACUCACGGGGAGCACGAGCGCCUCUCCGAAACGAGCUAGUUUGUCGAAGAAGCGUUUCAUCCUACCAAAUUCUUACAGAGAGUAUGAUGAGAACGGUGAUAUGAGGAGUUGGUCGGUAUCGUUCAGUAACCCUAAGAACCAGGCGACCUUCCGUAAGAAGUAUGUGUGGACUCUUAUGGUUAUCGAUCCUGCAGGGGUUGAGUACUCUAGCAGAAAGUCCUAUGGGGACUGCAAGCUGCUCCGACGAGAGCUGGCCAGGUCCUUCCCGGCAGCCUUCCUCCCACCGCUGGCUGAUAAGACCACCUAUUGCGCCAUGGGAAAGACCAAGGCCGACUCUGAAUCUAUGGUGCUCUCGAAAUUCAUCCAGCGCUGCACGCAACGGUCGAAUAUCGGCCGCUCCCAAGUGUUCCUCACUUUCCUAAGACAUGAUGGUCAUCAGUGGGAGCAGGCCGCGAAGAAGGAGUUCGCCACGAGAGGCGUUACACAGCUCUGUCGGCAGUAUCGGGACUCCUUCCCUGAUCGUGAACUGCCAGAGUUCGAUCCUGAGAGGGAUAUCGCGAGGAAUGAGGGAGUCGAGGAUCGACUGGGGGCGGCAAGGGCAUUCUUGAAAGAGCAUUCUGCCGCUCUUAAGAAGCUCCUACGCAAUAUGGAGCGUGCGGAUGCUAAACUGAAGGCUGCAACUAAGGCUCUCGCUGAUGCUGCUACGGAGUCCGAGGAAAUAAAGGAUAACCAGGGCAGACGCGUUGAUUUACUCACGACACCAGUCGGUGCUGGAGUCGUGAACAGGCAUCCGGAUACCUUUAACCGUGUGGGUCUAUCGGCCGCUUUGAUGGGCUGCAAAGGGGAGCCUGGUCUUUUGGGUGCCGACACUCAUCUGGGUAUGCUUAUUCAAGGCGUCCAGGAUGAGCUAGCAGACUGUCGAGCGAUGGAAGCUUCUCUCGUCCAAAUCGAAGAUCUACGGCGUACGGCGCGGAAGCUAGAGGGCAAGUUGAACUCUCAAAAGGGCAAGACGAAUACGAAACUGCCAGUGGAAGCACUCCAGUUGGAGGCUGCUAGCGCCCUGGACUUUGAAUGGAUCGCCAAAUGCAACGCUGCAGUGUAUGAGGUUCCCGAGUUCAUACAGAGGAAGGUGGCAUCCUACAAUAAGAUGGCUUUAGAGUGGGUUGACACUGUAAGAGGACCAGAUAGUAUCAUUUCUCGGACACUCAAGUUGGAGGCCGAUGUGGCUCCUCGGGAGUCCUAUGAUGAUGACGAUGAUGAUGAGAUUGACAUUCCAGUCGAAGUGGCCGGCACCGAAAUCAGAUGA